CACUUACACAUACAUGCACUCACCUACACGCCCGCGCACCAACCUACAUCCACGCCCUCCCUCAUAUCUGUAGAGAAAAGUUGAGAAGCGACGAAGUUAAGCAGCCUCACAGAACACAUUUCCUGCCCGUCUAUUAUUGGUAUGUUUACUGCCAAAAAGUUUCACUUUACCUCCGUCUCUCUCCACUCUUCUAUCUGACAGUGUUUAUCACAGAUUCCUAGAUACACAUACACACAUUUACAUAGCUUUAUAUAUUAAUAUUUAUACACACACACACACAUAUAUAUAUAUAUAUAUGUAUAUUUAUACAUCUCUAUUUUGGUGCGGACUUGGCUUGUUCUAUGCGAUCGUCUACCGAACAGAUAUCUAUUAAUUAUCGCUUAAUUAGCUCUUAAUUGUUAGCAACAAAUUACUGGAUCACUCAAGUGACAGACACAAACUUAUAUAACAGUUAUUCAAAGCUAGAAUGAUGGCCACUGAAGGCACAGCUGAAGAAAUUGAGAUUGAAUUACGUUCACCUGAUGAGAAACCCGUUUCACAAACUGCACCAGCAGCAUCACCAGUGGGUAUAGCGCCAAAGGCCAGGAUGUCUGCUGAUUUAGAAAUUGCUGAUUACGAGAAGGAUGAAGGCAAAGGAAUUCUCUUCAUUGGCUUUACUGCUUUAAUUGUCAUUGGACUUCUGCUUCUGAUUAUAUUGUUGCCGCUGAGUUUUAGUUACCUUGACUACUACCAGAUGGGUGUCGUCAAAAACAAAGUUACUGGCAGUGUUAGUUUGGACCGUGUCUAUUCCAACGGACGUUACCUCAUUGGUCCAUCACACGAAUUUAAAGUAUUCAAGGCAGACGCCCAUGUUGAGUACAUCAAUAACAUCCGAGUGUUUACAUCAGAUAAACUUGAAGUGGGACUUUCAGGUGCUUUUCAAUAUUUUCUUCGACUGCAUCAACUGUCUUAUCUACACAAGAAAUAUGAUGUGUAUUAUAAGGACAAGGUGGUGAAGAAGGCCAAUGAAGCAGUAAAGAAUGUUGUAACUGGUUUCACCACUCGCAGUGUCUUUAAAGAACGGAAGAGAUUGGAAAGUGCCCUGUUGCUGGGUUUAAAGAACACUCUUGGAGGUGUUUGUUGCUCUCGAGGCUGUACACCGGAUGAAAAUGUUAAUAAUUCCACAGACAUUACCAUGCCGUUGGGAGAGAAUGUUUGUUUGGAGGGCUGCAAACCAAGGAUCAACUGUACUGAAGAGGAUUAUGGUAUGUUUGUGGAUGUGCGUUACUUCCAGCUGGGGCCCGUGGAUAUACCGGAUGACCUCGACCAGAGUUUCUUGAACACGCUGAUUCUAAAGGCCGGCGCCGAGAGGCAGAAGCACUUCCAGGCUGCGAAAUUAGUUCGGAAGGAAACGGAACAGAAGGUCAAAAAUUUUGAGAACCAUGCUGCUGAGAUUUUAGAAUCGGCCAAAUCUGACUCAAAACUCAUAACAGAAACAAUGGAUGCUAACGCCAGUUUUAUUGUGGAGAGUGCUCGAAUUAUAGGACUGAAAAACCUUUAUUCAACUCUCAAUCUCACUGAUAUGAGACAAAGAAAUAAGUUUGAUUACCUUCGCUCGUUACAAAAAGUUAAUGAUUUGCGCUUAACAAUUGGUUAUAAUCAAAAGAUUUCUGGUUCAUUCCCAAAGGUUUAAGAUUUCUUAAAGUUGAGCUUGUCACUGCCAUUUGAUGUUUAUUAUUAUUUUUUUUCGUUAUUUGUUUAUAACUUUAUGUAUUUUUUAUGAAGAAUAUUAAUGCAAAGUGUAACAUUGAUUCUGAAGAGUAAAAGCCAGGGAUGACACCAAUGCCAAACAUUUGUAGAAUUAACAUCAAGAAUAAAAGAGUGAAAAAAAAAAAAAAGAAUAUCUUCA